UGUCACCGAAGAAGAAGACGAACACGUGUUUCCUGUUUCUCCAGUAGCCUGCAUGGUAAAGAGUCAUCUUUGUAAAUAAGUCAGUAAUAAACAGCGAAAAUGGUUCGUAAAUUAAAGUAUCACGAGCAGAAGUUGUUGAAGAAGGUGGACUUCAUCAACUGGGAGGUGGACAACAACCUGCAUGAAGUGAAAGUGUUGCGGAGGUUUCACAUCGAGAAGAGGGAAGACUACACCAAGUACAACAAGUUGAGUCGUAACAUCAGAGAUCUGGCCCAGAAAAUCAGAGACCUGGACGAGAAAGAUGGCUUCAGAGCGCAGAGCACACAUCAACUGCUAGAAAAGCUGUACAGCAUCGGUCUCAUCCCCACCAAACAGAAUCUGUCCCUCACAGAGAAAGUCACGGCGUCUUCGUUCUGCAGGAGGCGGCUGCCCUGCAUCAUGCUGAGCCUCCGUAUGGCUCAGAACCUGAAAACAGCCAUCACCUUCAUUGAACAAGGACAUGUUCGUGUUGGUCCAGACAUCGUCACAGACCCAGCAUUUCUAGUCACAAGGAAUAUGGAAGAUUUCGUCACAUGGGUGGACUCCUCGAAGAUCAAGCUCCAUGUCAUGAAUUAUAAUGAUGAGAGGGACGACUUUGACCUGGUGGCUUAAGAAUAUUCACCCCCAUCCAACGUCCAUCAACCUGGAAAACAUGAACUCUGCUCUUUUAACUGUUCCUCUAUGGAAAAUAAUAAAUGCUCCAACCACUUAAAAAAACAGAAGUUAUUCCAGCAACAACAGGGGGGCCUCAUUUCCUGGUUUUACAAUGUCCUGUUUUUUUUCUUUUUCUGGCCACUGAAGUCUGAUCUUCUGGCAGUUGACCCAGUAUAUAAAGACUGGACUUAUUAAUGGUGAGCAUAUUGAAUAGGUGUGUGAUUGUGGAGCUGACUGCUCUGAGUUUGGAUGCCUACAUGUCAGACCCACCAGUGAUACAAGAACAGGGUCUGGUUGCUUCCUUUUCAUUUCUCCAGCAGAACCACUGAUCAGCUGUAACCAGUUGUUAAGCUGUGUAACUUCUCACUGUUGCUUCCUCUGAACUCUGAACUGCUGGGUUCAGUGUGUGUGUUUCUGUAAGGGUCUGUUCAGACCUGGCAUGUACCAUGAAGAGAAGAGCUGUUGCUGAGAGCUCGUAAAACAACCAACAUCUGUCAGACAUGGAGAUUUAAAGCAGAAACUGAGAAUUUGAUAAAUAUUUAAUAAUUUCCCUAAGACUUUUUACAAUUGUGUCAACUAUGUAAACAAUAAACAUUCUUUUUAUCACAGUA